AUGAUAGAGAGAAGGAGACUAGAAAACGACCAAAGGAGACUCAGGGGAGAACCACUGCUACCCCCAGAGCCAGAGGGGCUGGCGGUGAGGCCCAUUGACCCUCCCUCUCUUCUCCCCUCUAUGCUUCUCGGCCAACAAGCAAUACAACAUGUAAAAGAAGUCUGUGAUGCAUGCAGAGACACAGUAGGAGAUAUGUUUCUACUCAAUAACGCUGCGAAACCAUACCCAACCUGCAUCGCCUGCACCUUCAACAACCCGCGCGGCCGCACGCGCUGCGCUGUCUGCAACACUCAGCUGCAGCCCAGCAGCAGCAGCAGCAGCAGCAGCAGCAGCAGCAGCAGUAGCAGUAGCAGUAGCAGCAGCAGCAGCAGUAGCAGCAGCAGCAGCAGCAGCAGCAGCAGCAGCAGCUAUAACGUGCCGGACCUCGCCGAGGCCUUCCCAGCCCUCCAAGCAGCAAACGGACGCCGCAGCACGCCACAGCAGCAGCAGCAGCAGCAGCAGAAACAACAGCAGCAGCAGCAGCAGCAGCAGCAGCGGCAGCGCAAGCCUCUCACUCUGGCGGAUUCUGCUGCCCGCAGUGUACAUACAGCAAUGACCCCUCAAGGAGAAGAUGCCAGCUCUGCGACUGUCUCCUCACCUAGUGCUGCAGCAGCAGCAGCAGCAGCAGCAGCAGCAGCAGCAGCAGCAGAAGCAGCAGCAGCAGCAGCAGAAGCAGCAGCAGCAACAGCAGCAGGUGGAUUGUAG